CAAUCCGUCAAAGCCGGCGAAGCGUUGCGCAGCUCUGCAACGGUCCGCGGUGGCGUCACUUCUCCGGUUCCGUUUGUCCGUUGAGCAUCGUGAAAAAGUUGGUUAGCGGUAGGCGCGCAGAGGCCGCAUCCAGUGGGAUUUACGAGGUGGAGCGAGGCAGGAAGUUGGCGCUGCGGCUUGACCGAGGGAGCGUCGGUGCACGGAGUCGAGCGAAGUAAGCAAGAUAUUUACACGGACGGCGGAAGGUGUGCAGCGAGGUGUAAGAGCGCGAGCCCGAGUCGAUUAAAGAGCAAGGAAGGGACGGUUAAGCGCAGCGAGGAUGUCGACCAAGGCGAGCAAGAAGGCGGCUUCGUCGACGAGCUCCCAGCAGCCCUCGACAUCGACGCCCAUCGGGAGUGGCAGUUCGAGUAGCCGGGGCAGGCCCAGCAGCCCCUUGAGUCCGACGCGCUACUCGCGCCUCCAGGAGAAACAGGACCUGCAGAAUCUCAAUGACCGGCUGGCUUGUUACAUCGAUAAGGUGCGCCACCUCGAAUCCGAGAAUUCGAGGCUCACCCGGGAAGUGCAGACCUCCCAGGAGAUCGUCACCCGGGAGAUAUCCAACAUCAAGUCGAUGUACGAGCAUGAGCUCUCGGACGCGAGGAAGAUGCUCGACGAGACGUCGCGGGAGAGAGCCAAAUUGGAGAUUGACACCAAGAGGCUCUGGGACGAUAACGAAGACAUUAAGAACAAGCUCGACAAGAAGACAAAGGACCUGCAGAUAGCCGAGCGCAAUCUCAUCCUUUACGAGUCACGCUGCAACGAACUCCAGUCGCAGUUCAACCAGUCGCAGGCCGAGCGCAAGAAGCUCUCGGAGCGCGAACGCGAGCUCGAGAAGGAGGUAGAGCGUCUCACUGCGCUCCUCGAGGACACCCGCAAGCACCUGGAGGAGGAGACCCUCCAGCGCAUCGACCUCGAGAACCAUAUACAGAGCUUGAAAGAGGAUAUAAGCUUCAAGGAUCAAGUCUUCCAGCAGGAGCUCACCGAGACCCGGACGAGGCGCCAGGUCGAGAUCUCGGAGAUCGAUGGACGUUUGGCGGAGCAGUACGAAGCCAAGCUCCAGCAGUCGCUCCAGGAGUUACGCGAUCAAUACGAGGCCCAAAUGCGCGCCAAUCGCGAGGAGAUCGAGAUGCUGUACGAAAAUAAGAUUAAGAAUCUGACGUCGCAUGCGCAGCGAAACAGCGGCGCGGCGACCCUCGCUGUCGAAGAAUUGAGGCAGACGCGCACGAGGAUCGAGGGCCUUAACCAGAGGAUCAACGAGCUCGAGACAGCCAACAACGCCCUCAAUGCCCGUAUCAGGGAGCUGGAGAACCUACGGGAGAUCGAGCGGGGCCGUCACACGGAAAACUUGGCCGCGCUCGAGGCCGAAUUGGCCCGGAUGCGCGAUGAGAUGGCCCAGCAGCUCCAAGAGUAUCAGGACCUCAUGGACAUCAGGGUAGCCCUGGACCUCGAGAUCGCGGCCUACAGGAAACUGCUGGAGUCGGAGGAGGCCAGGUUGAACAUCACUCCGAUUCAGUCGCCGAGUGUCUCCGUAUCAGGCAGCCGCACCACCCCAUCCCGACAGACGCCGAUCAGGGGCGGCAAAAGGAAGCGAACCCUCCUCGAGGAGUCCGAAGAGCGCAGCAGCAGCGAGUACAGCGUUACGGGCUCGGCGAAGGGAGACGUCGAGAUAAGCGAGGCUGAGCCCGAGGGCCGUUUCGUUAAGCUCCUCAACAAGGGCAAUAAAGAGGUGACGUUGAGCGGCUGGCAGCUGAUACGCAAGGCGGGUACUCUGGAGACGGUCUUCAAGUUCCACAGGACUGCGAAGCUCGAUUCCGGGGCGACGGUGUGCGUGUGGUCGGCUGACAUAGGCGCGACCCACGAGCCACCCUCGAAUAUCGUGAUGAAGAGCCAAAAAUGGUUUACUGCCGACAACAUGACCACGUCUCUUAUUAACAAUGACGGAGAAGAAAUGGCAACGUCCGAGCGGAAAAAGCAGCAAUUAUCCACCUCCGUUUCUCGUCAUAGAGAAAAUUUGUUCAGAUUGCCCGAGGAGCUUCAUCAUCAGCAAGGCGAUCCAAAGGGUGAUGAGCGCUGCCGCCUUAUGAGAUCUAAAGUGUAA